GUUUAUUUGUUGACUGUGAACUCUUUGUUCCGUUGUGUUAAAGCAGCUAAUAUACAGUGAGUCGUGAGUGAAAAAUUGGUAGAAAUAAACAAUAAUUAAAGACAAGUGUGUGUAGUUUGUGGCAGACCAUACUGGAAGUAAUCCAACGUGAGUUUUCGUGUUUUUCCAACUCGUUCGUCGUGCUGCCAGUUACUGAAAUGGAUUUGGUUGGCUCAGAUCAUUGUGAGGAUCAGAACCCGGAUGUCGAUAUCAGUACAAGUAGCAAUAGGAUGUCUGAACCUGCAGAGAUCAUCAUUGAAUAUGAGCACACCUUCACAAGUACCGAUGCCAAAAUUGGACAUUCUACUCCUAAGCGGAAAAGGAAUGAAUCUAUGAGUGCUGCAGUUAGAGAUGGAGGGCUGAAGAGACUGACAAGUCCUCAAUCAGACAACUGUGAUGUCUUGUCAAUAUCUUCAACUACAGUGACAGCAUCUGAAUGCAAUAUAAGUAACAACUCUGACACUGUUUUGGCAAGAAAUGAUAGUUCAAUUACUCUGUCGGCCAGCUCAUUGUCAGCAACAGUUACUGCAAGCUCUGAUGAUGAACCUAGAGAACUACCAAGCAUCUCGGGGAAAAUGACUAGGCAUAGGCAAAUAAUGCAGCAAAGAUCCAAAAUGCAUAAGCAUGUAUGGAACAUUUCUGGCAAAACUGUAGGUAGCGCAGAAAAAACAAUAGCGUCUCUGAAAAAGAAAAUUAAAAAUCUUCAGCAGCAAAAUCGCAGACUGAAGUCUAAAGUAUAUUCCCAGCAAUCAUUAAUGGAGUAUUUGAGGGAGACAUGUGGUUUGACGCCAAAUGCAGGACUUGUUUUGAAUAACAAGUAUUCCCAUAUUGCUGCGCGAGAAUCCCUCUCCAAUGCAAAAGUCAGCAUCUCUAGACAUGGCACAAGAAGCAUACUGGAUGUCCUUAUCCUCGAGGAUGCUAACAAAUAUUCCCUAAAUGAAAAAAUAUCAGCAUGGCCGAUGACCGAACAUAGGGAUGAUUCUAAACCAGAAGUUAGACACCAUUUGCAAACUGUGGUGGCGAAAUUUUGA